GUGCGGGCUGGGUGCCGUGUCGCGUGCAUUGGCCUCCGCGAUUGGGGGAGUAAUAGCGUCCUUGGUUUUUGUAUCUGGCGCUUAUUGUAGAACCCGUUUAAAGCAUUUAAGUUCCAAAGCCCAACCCCGAGCGUAGGGCCGAGAGAAGUGCAGGCUGCUGGAGCCGGGGGUGGGGGUGCUUCUUGGGCUUCCUGUGCUCGCCUAGCCCACCUGCGCCCCCUUACCGCCUUUACCCAUCUUUUUCAUUAAAGCUGUGAUUAAAGAAUGCAGUCUUGUUACACUGUCAUUGAAGAGCCAGAUCUUAGAUGCAGAAAUCAAUGUGUUAUGUGCAGUCCUUUACAGCAAUCACAAUAGGAUGGGCCACCACAAGCCUCAUUUGGCCCUCAAACAGGUUGAACAAUGUUUAAAACGUUUGAAAAACAUGAAUUUGGAGGGUUCACUUCAAGAUCUUUCUAUGUCAUUGUCAUUUUCUCCCAAUUCUCGAAGACUUCAGCCUGUAUCUACCAAAGCAUGUGUCACCCCCAGCCAACCAGUGCUGGAACUAGUGUUGAUGAAAAUUUUGGGAGCUUGCAAAUUGUUGCUUCGUUUGUUGGACUGUUGCUGCAAGACAUUCCUUUUUACAGUGAAACAUCUAGGUUUGGAAGAAUUCAUUAUUUUAAACCUUGUGAUGAUUGGGCUGGUGAGCAGAUUAUGGAUUCUCCAUAAAGGUGUAUUAAAAAGGCUGAUUUCAUUAUACGAGCCACUGUUUGGAUUGUUUCAAGAAGUCUCUAGGAUCCAGUCUACACCAUACUUCAAAGAUUUUGCCUUUCCUUCUGACAUUACUGAAUUUUUAGGAGAGCCUUAUUUUGAAGUCUUUAAGAAAAAAGUGCCUAUUGAAGAUAAAGGAGUAACCAACUUGCUAAAUAAACUGUUUUUAAUGAAAGAACAGUCACCGGGGUUCAGUGAAGAAACAUUGCCUAGAAUUUCCAAAAAAGCUAAGCUGUCAAAGAUUAAUGUCCAGAAUAAAGUAGAUCUUGGACAGCCAGUAAAGAAUAAGAAAAUCUUCCAAGAACAGUCAUCAGAACUUGAUGUAAGGGCUUUCUGCAAACAGCUGAAAAACAAAGCUCUUCAGGAGGCCAACUUUGAGUUUAAAUGUUCUCCGUCCAGACCAAAGGGAACCAGACAUUCUGGUUGGAAGACAAUGAAGACUCCUUGUACCAAAAGUUUUGUGCAAAGAUUUCGAAAAGUUGGGACUUUCACACAGCUUUCUGAAGAAAUACAAAUGGUGAUUCUCUGGUGCAAGAGCAAAAAACUGAAGGUUCAGGCCACCUUUCUGGGUAACAAGCUUCUCAAAAGUAACCGACUUAAGCAGCUAGAAGCACAAGGCUAUAGUUUACCAAAAAAACUACAGUGCAUAAGAACUUCUAUUUGCAACUGCCUUCUUCGUGGCUUAUAUAUCAAAACUUCAAAGUAUCAUCUAAGUCGAAGGUUGCAGAAUAAAUGUUUACUGAAACAGAAGAAACCACAGAGAAAGCUACAAUCAACUCAGUUAAGGGAAAUUCAUCAGUCUUCUCAAGGUAGUCAGAGUGCUACAGACACCUGUAAACAGAGACUCUCCCACAGUACAGUUCAUAGAACUGACAUCAACUCUAACAGUAAACAGCUCUUGAAUAAGAGAGUUUCAAAUCCUGUCAUCCAAACUAAAGAGAAGCAAAUUAAUGAACACCUUACAGGAAAGAGUGAACAAACCAGUUCACAGACGGUGCAAAUAACCAAACUUAACACAUCAGGAAGCACCAAGGAGAGAGAUGACAUUGAUGAUAUUUUUGCUUUAAUGGGAGUUUAGACACUAGUGAGAUUUUAAAGUGACUGACAAACUGGUCCAGUGUUCUGCUGUUCUAAGUGCAACUGUUGAGGUCUGGAAAGACCUGAAGAAUCCUAGCACUCAAAGUGCUACUAUAAUGCAGCACUGUAUAGCAGUUCAUUUCAAUAAACUUUGACCUGUCUGUGUCA